AUGGCACACUUGGCAAACUCCAACCAAGACCUCUACAAUCUGAGUUUGCUUGCAAAGAGCCUGGAGUCGAUGCUCCUUUUGUGGGAGCAGCAUCUCAAUGCGAUUCCAGAGGGUGAUGAGAGUGCAUCGCGUCUGCGCAGUACUGCGAAUGCAGCUGGGAAAGAUGCGAGAAGCUCUGUUGCGAGCAUCCUAGAAGUGUCUCAGAUGUUGCAAACCUGGCAACAAGAAGGAAGCACUUCCUUAGAAGGACGCCAGCGCUUCGCAGCGUCCGACUCGCUCAGUCCUGGAGCAAGGUCCACGGUGUCCAUCGCCACAUUUCACGAUGACGAUGCGUCCAGGAAAGGAAAGAGCAGCAUGAUUGAUUCGCAACCCACCGUAGAGUUUGACGAAGAGGACGAUGUGGAAGAAUUAGCCGAUACAAAGCCACCCAGUUGGCUUGCUCGAUAUAUCAUUUUUCCGGGCUGGACUUCGAAGUUGGUUUGGGAUUUGGUCGUGAUGAUGAUAGUGCUCAUGGAUGCCUUUGUGCUCCCAUUCCAGCUGUCCUUUAAGCGAGACUAUGGAGAGGAUACUUUUGAUGAUGUGUGGUUUUGGGUGACAACCCUGUGUUUCACAGCUGACAUCCUUGUCACCUUUGACACGGGCUUGACAGUUGCAGGUGAUGAUCAGGAAGUCAUCACUGACCACGGUGUCAUCGCAAGGGCGUACAUGCGUGGAUGGUUCAGUUUGGACUUCUUGAGCACGAUGCCAUGGAGCCGGAUAGUCGAUGCCUUUGUUGGUUCAGACGGGGCAGGUCCCUUGCUCCACGUGGCCAAAUUGGCAAAGAUGUUGAAAUUUCUUCGCAUCAUUCGACUUAUGAAGAUGCUCCGUGCCAAGAAGAUCAAAGAUAUUUGGGAACGGCUAGAAAUCAGAAUUGGAUCGGUGACGGUGAUCCAGGCAAUGUACCUAGUGCGGGUUCUUCUCGUCAUCGUAGCAAUUUGCCAUUGGAAUGCAUGCAUUUUUUGGAUGAUAGGUCGACCCGACAGCAUCAUCACAGACUUCCUUCCAGACGCAACCAGACUCUCGUCUGAGCGCUUGCCGCAUUGGACAACCAUCAGCCGAUCUUAUGGCAUUGGCCAGGAGGAGUGGAGCUUUGCCGAAAAGCCAAUGGUCGAAGCCUACAUUUUUUGCUUCUACUGGACGCUUGGAGUUAUGCGCACCAUGCCGGCGGAAGUGACGCCUGUGAACUUGGCAGAGCGUACCUUUGUACUUUGCUUUAUGUUUUUCGCCCUGUCUGCAUUCGCAGUGUCGGUGGCUUCUUUAACACAGACUUACUUCAAGAUCAGUGAGCGCAACCGUGGUUUCAAAGAUGAGAUGUUCGCCUUACGCAUGCACAUGCAUCACCUGAAACUAGAUGAUGCUUCCCAGCGAAAGAUCAAGGACUAUAUUACUCAUUUGUUCACAGGCAGACGCAUCAUGGCGAAAGAGCUGAACUUCCUGAAGCAAUUGCCGGAUUCCUUGAAAAAGGAGGUCAACCUUGCCGAGGUUUGGCUGCAUGUUCAGAAGCUUUCGGUGCUGUCUGAGAUUAGCAAGGAGGACACCAGACAGAUAUGCGAGGAGGCAGAAACCAUGGACCUUUUAGCAGAAACAACGCUCUGCAAUGCCGGGGUGGAAGCUCGCUGUGCUUACAUUGUGAUUUCUGGACACGUCAACGCAAGGGAUAUCCACAAGAAGCCGCGCGAGCUCGUAGGACAUCCUCUCAUCAUUGACGAGGCAUGCCUAGAGAAGGAGGAGCAAGUGCUAUCACAUUUGACUGUGAUCACGGCCAGCACCUGCCGUGUGAUUCGAGUUGGAAAGCUGAAGUUUGCGCAAGUGGUGGGCAUGAACCUGUCUAAGAAGCGGCAAGAUGUACUAGCUCUCAGUGAGAGACCAAAUCAGAUAGAUACCUGGACGCAGAGUUGGGUGAGCCGUGGGGGGACAGUAACGACAUUCUUGAGCGCAGCCGAUCCGAUCGGUGUCCCAAAUCAAUUGUGGACCAUCGAGAAAUACGGAGACUAG